AUGGCGGCGGAGAGUAUGUUCAACCGGCCGGUGUGUGUGCAAGUGAGGUGCCAGGGCUGCGAGGAGAGGAGAUUAAAUGUUCGAGUGAAUAUUGAGCUACUGUCAGUUUCUAAUCCUGUUCAUAAAAAGGAUUUAGCUGUUCGAUUGACUGAUGAUACUGAUCCUUUUUUCCUUUAUAACCUUGUCAUAUCUGAGGAAGAUUUUCAAAGUUUAAAAUCCCAGCAAGGUCUCUUGGUAGACUUCUCUGCUUUCCCACAAAAAUUUAUAGAUCUGCUUCAGCAAUGCAUUCAGGAACAGAACAAAGAUAUCCCGAGGUUUUUGCUGCAGUUAGUUUCUUCAGCAUCUGUUCUAGAUCACACACCUGUCUCUUUAAAUGUAGUGGAGACCAACCCUUUUAAACAUCUUACCCAUCUCUCUCUAAAAUUCCUACCAGGAAAUGAUGCAGAAAUAAAGAAGUUUCUAGCCAGCUGUUUGAAAUGCCUUAAGGAAGACAAAAUGAUGUUGGAAGAAAAGCUUAGAAAAACAGAAGAGGAUCUUACCAGACAACUCAGCUACACUCAACAGAGCUUGUCAGAGAAGAGCCGAGAACUGGACAAACUGAAAAAUGAAUGGACAUCGUACACUACAGCUCUAACAAACAAACACACACAGGAGCUGACAAAUGAAAAGGAAAAAGCUCUCCAGGCACAAGCUCAGUACCAACAACAGCAUGAACAACAGAAAAAGGAAUUGGAAAAUUUGCAUCAGAAAAGUAUUCAACAGUUGCAGAACAGACUCUCGGAACUUGAGGUCAUCAAUAAAGAUCUAACAGAAAGGAGAUACAAAGGAGACUCCACAGUCAGAGAACUGAAAGCAAAGCUUUCUGGAAUAGAAGAUGAAUGUCAAAGAGCAAAGCAGGAGGUGCUGUCACUGCGUCGGGAGAACACUACUCUGGAUGCUGAAUGUCACGAAAAAGAGAAGCUCAUUAAUCAGCUACAGACACGGGUUGCUGUUCUGGAACAAGAGAUCAAAGAUAAAGAUCAGCUAGUAAUUAGAACAAAAGAAGUAUUAGAUGCAACACAAGAACAAAAGGCGAUACUGGAAGAGAGUACAGAGAAAAAACAAAGCCAUAUUGAAAAACUAGAGACAACAAUUAAGUCGCUGUCAGCUGAACUUCUUAAGGCUAAUGAAAUUAUCAAGAAGUUACAGGGAGAUUUGAAAACUCUAAUGAGUAAAUUAAAAUUGAAAAAUACAGUAACAAUUCAACAGGAAAAACUAUUGGCAGAAAAAGAAGAGAGACUUCAAAAAGAGCAGAGAGAAUUGCAGGAGACGGGACAAUCUCUUCGAAUGAAAGAGCAGGAGGUUUGCAAGCUACAAGAACAGCUAGAAACUACAAUACAAAAACUAGAAGAAAGUAAGCAGUUACUGAAAACCAAUGAAAACGUAAUCAAUUGGUUAAACAAACAGCUGAAUGAAGUUCAGAUGACGAAGAAGCUAGAGACUUCUGCCACUACACACGGUGGCGUUAGGACUGCCGUUUCACCUCAUGGCAUGCCUGACCGACCAUCCUUUCCCAGCUCAGGCAUCAGUCAUCCCUUUUCUCCUCUGUAUGCCUUCCAGAACUUCCCAGAGCCAGCACACAACAGAAACGUCAAUUCACAAUGUCCGGUACCAAAGAUGCAGUUUAGCACGCAGCUUUCUAAACUGAGUCGAUGUUCAGAAGCUCAGGCAGUGCCUGCAACUAGUCAGCCAGCAAACAAGGAGAAUGGUGAUAAUUUGGGGCUGGACUCAAAAUAUUUCAAGAAAAAAGAUGACAGCAUUCCUUUACGAGGGCUUAGUCAAAAUACACUUAACUCAGAGUACCUGAAACCAUACUUGCCACCAAAAGCCCAGCCGUCACCAAAAGCUGCGCUAGCACCAGCCUCAGCCUAUUUUCCUGGAUAG